AAAAGUAGUCAUUUUCAAAUUAAAAUUAGUACUUAAUGGAAAUUGAUCCGGAUAGCAAAGCUAGAAAACUUCGUUCUAGAAUAAUGGAACUAAACAGCCAGAAGAAUGAAUUAUAAUAGGAAAUAGAUGCAAAAGAAACAAGAAAUAAGUUUCUUGAGAGAGAACUCUCAGAUAGUUUAAAAAACUUAAAUAAUAUGACUUUAUAUGUUUCAAAACAAAUAGAGAUGAUGGAAGCAGAAGCUCCUUAAUAAGAGAUUUUGGAUAAGAAUCGAAUAAAAGAAUUUUUAAAAUAAAUAUCAAAGUAAGUAUUAGAGAAAUUUGGGUAUCACAUUGAUAAAUAUUUUCGAUAUUUAGAAGAAUGUGUUUCUGAUGAAUUUCCGGAAUAGAAUAAUGCAGAAAAUGAUAAUUAAUAUUAAACUCCACCUUUGACUUGUGCAAUAUAAGUAAAAUGUCCAAAAGCAUUAUUAUCAAAAGAGAUAAGACUUUAAGAUGACAACAUAGAUUACGUAACAGCAACAUUUCGUUAUUCAAAAAUAAACAGUUUUUAAGAUUUGAAAAAAGCAUGUUUAGUUUAUUGGAAUAUUUACAAUAUGGAAUAAGUAAGGAAAGAAAUGCAUUAUGAAAUGGGAUAGAGUAGUUGUUAUGAUUAAUAAACUAAAUCAAAAGUUAAUUAAUAACCAGAUUCUUAGAUAGCUGAAUAGAUAGAUGAAAUAAUAUAAAAAUAAUAGCAUGGAUUAGUAAGUCCAGGAUCAAUGUAGACAACAAAUAGAAAUUUAAUAUCUCCUUAAUCAGAAUAAAUAUAAGAAUGUGGAAACACAGAUUAAAUAAUGUUAGAGAAGUUUUGUAAUAGAUAUGAAAUAGUAAAUGAUAAUUAAGAGAAUAUAUAGAAUACAGAGUUAAUUGAGCGUUAUUAUAACAAAGUAUUAUCAGAUUAGAAUAUAUCAUAUCUGUGUGUGACAUUAAAAAAGAAAAAAGUAAGAACUCAUAGGAGAGGUUAAUAAUCUGAAUCUAGAUAAUCAAAUAAUACAAGUAAUGUAUAACCUGAAAGGAGUCAAAUAAGUCAUCCUCAUUAGAGUGCAAAUAUAACAUUUGAUGGUUCUAAAGUAAGUGAAGAUAAACCAUUAACUCAAAUAGAUGAGAAUGAAGAAGAAUAUGAUGAAUAAUAAGAUUAUGAUUAAUAAGAUCUUAAAAUUGGUUUAUUUAGAAAAUACAUCUCUUUUUUUAAUAGAUUUCCUUUGUUGAAAAAACAAUUUGUUAUUAAUGUAGAUAAACUCAAAAAAAGAGGAAAAAGUGCAGAAAAAAAUUAACUUGAAGAAUUGAAAGGUGAGAAAUUAGAUGAUAAUCAUAUUUGCAUUCUCUUUAUUCUUAUUAUACUAAUGAUCUUGAAUAUUCUAUUUUUAUACUUCUUAGAUAAUGGAGCAUAUAUGCAAUAACAUAUAAAGAAAAUAGAAAGUGCUUUAAAUGUUAAUAAAUUUCUUGCUAUUUCCUCUAUCACUGAAUUAUAAGACUAUUACAUUAACACUUAAGGUUUGAUGUAUCAAUUUACUUCCAAUAAUUCAGAUUUUAAGACAUCAUACGAAAUUAUUGGAGCAUUACGAUUUCGUUAAUUAAGAACUUAAUAUACUUAAUGUCCAAAUCCCAUUAGAACUGAUAAACUUCCUUAAGUUACUUGUAAUUACGAAAUCUAUAAUGAUUAAACAUUUUUCACUGAAUAAAUAGGAGAUGGUAAAAAACCUUGGAUGCUUUUUACAGAUUCUAAAUACGAUAGAAUUACAGAGGGACAAUUCAGUGAUUAUGAUUCAAGUGGAUAUAUUUAAGAUAUCAGAUCAAAUGAUUUAACUCCAAUUUAUUAUAUUCAUAAUGUCAUUGAAGGAAUGUUUAAACAUCCUUUUUAUUUUGGUGAAUCUAUUAUUGCCUAAAUCAUGACUAUGACCGUUCGGAGUAAAAAUGAUGGAAUGUUUAUUUUUAUUGAAUUUCUAGUUGAAGUUACUGGACUUGGAAUCUAUCCAAAAUAACCUAAUAUUUUACCAUUCUCACCAAAUAUUUUCGGAAAAGGCUCAUCUUCUCCUUAUUCAAUCUAUGCUGAAAUGCAUUCAGAAUCUCCAAAUAGUCCUAAUAAUAAAAAUGUCGGAUAUAUACUAUAUUUAAUAACAGUACUCAAAAUAAUAGUUGGUAUCGUUUACACAGUCUUUUAACUUAUCAAAAUGAAAGAUUCAUUUUCCUCUGGAAUUAAAUAUUUUAUUUCAGUUGUUUUCCUUGUGAAUUCCAUGUCAUUAAUACUUAACUUUUCAACGGCAGAUCAAGCAUUAUAAUUAUUCAAAUAAAAUAUUAGUGUUUAUGAUCUUGUUCAAAAAACUAGUUACAUUGAUUUAGGUGAUGUUGCAGACAGUUAUAAAAGUAUUCUUGUUAUGACUUCAUUGUGUAUUUGUGCUCAUUUAAUCAGAAUUUAUCUCAUGUUUAAUAUUUUUAAAAGUUUAGAAUAAGCAAUUGAAGCCAUCGAAUCUUAAUAUUUAUAAUUAUUAUCUAGCUUUACAUUACUUUUUCUUAUUUUAUCUGGCUUUGCUAUUAUCUUAACAUCUUAAAAAGGACCAUAUUUUGUUAACUAUAGUGUAUUUACAAGAUCUUUUGCUUAACUAAUUUUAAUGCUUUGUAAUAGUUCUAAUGUUGGAGAAUUUUAUGAUACAGAUCUAACAUUUUCUAUGCUUUUCAUGAUAUUCUUUUACUUUAUACUAUAUCAAUUUUUAUUUGGAAUCUUGGCAAUCAUAUAUAUUGAUUCAUAUAGAUAAGUUGUUAUUAGUUAAGGUUAACCUGAAUCUAAAAUUUUGAAAAAAAACAAUCUAAUGAAUUGGCUUUUUAAUUGGUUACCCAGUAGAAUAUAUUAAAAAAAAAUUCAAGAAUGA